UGUGACGAGAUCCUCUCUUGGGUUCUCGUGCCUGGCAAUUUCACGCUUUUGACGGGUGGCGCGGGCGCGUACCAGUCAGCAGCACCGAAAAACCGCGUUGCUUACAGCGACAAGAGCAAUUAUCCGCCUCGUUUCAAUGCCGUCCGCUUCAAGAUGCACUAUCAGCAUCUGAAGCUAUCUCACGGCAUAGUUUCUCACGAUGCAGAAAAGUGGACCGUCGUCGACCGAGUGCGCGUCGUGCGCCCGAACGGGCGCACCGAGGCUACCCAUUUGAAAAUAGGCACGCAAUAUUGCGAUGGCCUCUGGCCUGAGAUGCGCCACAGCAUCCCUGACAGCGUCCACACUUCAGACUGGGAGCGUUGUCGCUCGUACUUGUCGGCUUGGGUGUGGCGCAUGCGGAGGUCCGGCAACGACCUGCUGCAGGAGUUCGGCCAGUCUGUCCGCAGGGAAAGAGACUGCAUGCAUUAA